AUGCUAAAUAUGAAUCAACCAAAUAGUGGGAAAAAUGAAAGAAAGUUAUAUAACUGGGAUGAAUCGCCAUAUGAAGAUAUACGUAUGCAUGCAGCUAUAAUAAGAGCUAAAGCAUCUUGUCCGGUCACUAAAGGGCCAGUUGAAUAUGUUUGUCCCUUAUCGGGUAUACCUACACAUUCCUCAAAAGAAGCAUGGGAAAACGAUAAAGAAUAUCACGAAUUAAAAAAAUAUGAAAAUUUGAAAAAAGUGAAUUUAUAUGAACAUGAUUUAAGAUCGAGGAAAAAAUUUGAAGAAUUUGCAUUUCCUGGGGAACAAGAAAGAGAUUUUAUGAUUAAUAUAAGUGAUUGGGAUUCAUUUUUUUAUACUAGAGAUUUCCCACCAAUGAAUGAUGAAUUCAAUUUAGCUGCAGCUACAAAAGUUUUAACGUACCCAAUGACAAUAGCUUCAAUCAUACACAAAUUUUCACCAUAUCAAAUUGAACCGAAGGGACCUUUAACAAUCGAAGGAGCUAAAUCAUUAGGAGCUUUAAGAUACUCAUUAUAUCCACCUUAUCAAAAAAUGGUUGAAGGUGUUACGCAUUAUAAAGAAAGACCAAUGAGAAUAUUUAUAGUAGGAGCAAGAAUGGAAUCAAUGUUACCAGGAUAUGUAUGGAAACAAUUUGGAUAUCUUUUUCCCCGAACUAGAUUUGAAAUACAUUUAAUUGGACCUGAAUCUUAUUUUGACAAAGAAAGUAGAUCAUUUGCACCAACCAACGUUCCAAAUGGAAGACCAUUAAUCGAAAGAUUUGAUGAUCAAAUAACUAUACAUCACCAUUCUCAAUUCUUCAAUGAACUAUACGAUACAGGAGAUUUAUUCCCUUUUGAUCCAUAUUUAGAUAUGUUCUUCCUUUUCCACCCUGGUUUUAAAACUGCUGAUGAAAUGCAUUGGGACAAAUCAUUGAAGGGAUUCUUGGAAUCAAAAUGUCCAAUAUUUAUAACAGGUUUCCAUAAUGAAGAUAUAGAUAAAGAAAUCAGUUGGUUGAAAAACCAUCCAUUGUAUGAUGAAUUGGAUAUUUUGAUGAAUAAAACCGAUAAUAAAUUUGCAUGCACAAAAUUGGAUAUAAUUGAUGCUAAUCCAACAGAAACUUUCAGUUUGAACAGUAAAGUAUUUGGUAUUAGAGGUAAGAGAUAUGAAGCUAUUAAACAAUAA